GAAGAAGAAAAACAGGACAACAUUAACAGUUGAAGUAUGGACUUCGACGUAGCUUACCAGCAAGCAACCACAAGAUAUAUCGGCAGCGCUCAUGGAUUGUUCACGUUCUUGGAAGGGUUCAUUGGUGCCACCAUAGCCAGCUUGUACUUUCUGUUCGGUGUUGAGUCCCGAAGUCAACAGUUCCUCUACCUCUCCGCUAUGACUUACGGCAUCAAUGACAUUCACUUGAUAUUUGCCGGAAUACUUUCGGAAGCAGAUGCUGUCUUCCUUCCCAUUUCGGUAUAUUUCCCAUUUUACCAGUUUGGAGCGGCGGUCUGCUAUGGUAUCACAGGUGUUCUCAUCCUACAGACGUACAACAGUCCUGGCGACUGCAUCUUUGGCGGGCGCGUGCACCAAGUCUUCUGGUCGAAGAAAAACGAUGAAAAGCUGUGCAUCUCAACAUCUCUACCACCAUGCGAAGUGCUGCGCGGAUUCCCGUGUCCCUUUUGUGACUCCUGCUGAACAAUGUGCUACACGAGUACCGCUUCUAGCAUAAAAGCUCUCGCUGCAAUAUGCUUCUGCAUUAACACCUCGAACGUGGUCUACAUGUUCCUGCGUUUCCAGAAUAUUCUUCCUACGGACCCAGAAAACCCUGUUUAUCGUGCAGAACAUGUCUUUCCUCCAGUCAAGACACUCGACAGAUACAUGCCUCCAAAGGACGGAACAAUCCUGAUCGGUAGCCUAGCUGGAAUUAGCAUGGCCUUCGACCUUGUCCUCUGCAUUGGCGUCGCAUCCGACAGCCGCUGCAUGGUACUGUCUGCUUGGAUGUGGGGAGUGGUCGACGCGUCCCUUGACUUCUGCAUCGGAAUCGCGUCGGGAAAUAUGAGCUUCAUGGACGCCAUAGCACGGAAAACUACAACGCCACCAACCGAAUCAUCGCCUCGUUAUGCUGAUGCCUACCGCAGAACCACGUCCGGAUCUGAACCAAUAGAAAAAGGAAACCCAGCAAACAAGUACAGGAUUGAUAAUGAAACAGAAUAUUUUGACGCUCCUCUUGAGGUUGAGCCGAAUGCGCUGGUUACUCCCGAGCCUGAAGAGCAACCUGUUCGGUUACCCGUGGGAAGACUACUGUACUUGAUCGCAUACGUUAUACUGAGGCUCGUCAUCAAGACAAUAGCGCUAGCAGGUAUCCAAGAUUAUGCAUCGAGAAUGGGAGAAGGCAAGGACGACGAAAUCCACGACCAUGGCGCAAUGCAAAAAAGCGAUGGGCAUAGAGAGGACGGUGGUCCAGAAGGUAAAGACGUUCAAUCCCUGGUACCGCCAGAGCAACCACCGCCUUCUUUCACGCCUCCCUACCUCCAGUCGGCAGAAGCGUCCACCCGUGACAAAGACAAUUACGGAGGGCCUCCUGCAGGCUUUCAUUUUCCCCAGUUUCAAGCGACGCCUCUCAGGGGGCACACAAUAUGACUCGCGUUAGACGUUUGUUCCAUAGCACUACCGCGCUUGAUUGUUAUUUACUGACUACUGUGUGUGCUGCACAGAAAAUGGAUUCUUAAUUAAAAGCUAAUACUUUA